UAGAGGGAGAGAGAGAGAGAGAGAAGGAGGAAAGACGAGACGAGACGAGGAGAGUCUAUUUUCAAAUAGAAACUGUAUUAUCGUCGAGGGACUAAAGCUAGAAGGUCGCGGCCACGGGGGAAACACAACACGGGAGAUGUGUGUUCACCCUUGACGCUGUCUCCGUGAGGACGCGGCUUGUUUACUUUUAGCACCGGGUAUACCUUUAGCCGAUUUGUAUACGUGGUGGCGCGUGCCGGCGUUACACCACGCUAGUCGAACGUAUCAGACGUACGUUCUCAUCGGUACGGUCCGAAUCCUUGUGUUCCGGUUGUGAAAUGCGUUGGAAACGGGACGACGCUGUCGAGCACGCGGUGAACAUCAUUUAGGGGAUACCGGGUUAUCCCUUUGUAUUAAGAGUUAGGACGAUUUAGGAGCGGUCUUAAAGACCCCGUAGGGCUGUGCGACGGAAGUGAACCCAGUGACGUCAUCGGGCCGACCUAGCACCCCGGGACCGUUUACGAUUUCUCGAGUACGACUCGGCCGGGUCAGUGGUUCUUUUAUUCCUAGAGGGGAUAGAUUCGUCGGAGUGACUUUGUCGGGGGUUGGUUCAGUGAAGUAUGUAUCCGUGGUACCGGGACAGCGUCGCGGCGGCGGCGGCCGCGGGACUCGGGGGCCCCGUCGGAGUCGUUGGUUCCGGGUUCUGCUCCACCGGACCAGGACAAGCUGGCACCACCAUCAAGACCGAGAGCGGAUAUUCGGAUUGCAUGCUGGCCCUCGACUACGUGCAGAGUAAGAAAGCCUCUUUCGCGUGGUCCGAGGGUGGCGAAGAGGGUGGUGGGGGUGGCGGUGGCGGAGGAGGGGGUGGCGGUGGAGGCGGAGGAACAGGAGGUGCAGGCACGGGAACCACGGGCCCAGCAGCCACCGGUGGCGGUGGACUGGCCCACUGGGUCAGCGUGAUGGCCGAACACAUCCACAACCCCCAUUCCGCGACAGGGGUUGGGGGUGUUCAUCAUCAGCAGCAGUCGCCUCCUCAGCCACCUUACCCGUGGAACAACGGUCUUUCCGGUGAUCAAUGCAACCCCCACGACAAGGAGAGCGACUACUGGAGCGGCGGACGGGGCGCGAAACAAGGUUACGAGCACUUUCUGUUGCAGGCGAAAAUGAACGCGGACCACGGCCAGCUGCAGAAGGGGGAGGAUCAAUACCGAGGAGCCGGAGGAUCCAGCAGCGGAAGCCCGCCGGCGAGUUUGCUGGUGGUUCCUCAGCCUUUGACCGUGAAACCCUCUCAUCCGUCGCAUUUGAACCCCCAUUUGGGCGGGCCCCAUUCCCAUCCGCCGAGGAAGUACCAAUGCAAGAUGUGCCCACAGAUCUUCGGUAGCAAGGCGGACCUGCAGCUCCACACGCAGAUCCACAUGCGCGAGGCGAAGCCGUACAAGUGCACCCAGUGCUCGAAGGCGUUCGCGAACUCCUCGUACCUGUCGCAGCACACCAGGAUCCACCUGGGCAUCAAGCCGUACCGCUGCGAGAUUUGCCAGCGGAAGUUCACCCAACUGAGCCACCUACAGCAGCACAUCCGCACGCACACCGGCGACAAACCGUACAAGUGCCGGCAUCCAGGCUGCACGAAGGCGUUCAGCCAGCUGAGCAACCUACAGAGCCACUCCCGGUGCCACCAGACCGACAAGCCGUACAAGUGUAACUCCUGCUACAAGUGCUUCUCCGACGAGCCCAGUCUGCUCGAGCACAUACCGAAGCACAAGGAAUCGAAGCACCUGAAGACGCACAUCUGCCAGUACUGCGGCAAGAGCUACACCCAGGAGACCUAUCUGGCGAAGCACAUGCAGAAGCACGCGGAGAGGACCGACAAGAGACCGCCGAUCAUCGGGACAGGGCUCAGGCCGUCGAUCCACGCGAUGGCCGCCCAUCACCAGGACCACUACUGGCCGAAGGUCAGCCCCGACUCGGUGAUCAGCGACCUCCAUGAACGACUGCCUCACCAUCACACCGACUACCAUCAGAACCAGAACCCGGAGAUGCUGUUGCCCGGGCACGGGCACCGCGCCGAUUCCAUCGAGAACGAUUCCAGGCAACAAACGCCUCAGCCAGGCGCGAACCAUCAUCCGAACAGCAGCUCGGCGUUCACGCCGAUCUCCUCGAUCUCGAUCAACUCGAUCUCCACCAUGCAGCACCCAUUGAACGCGCUGAACCACCAUCUCCACUAUCCCGGCAGCCAUCACCCGGCCUCCAGGCCGUACCUAUACGAAGCGUUCAACACGACGCAGAAAUCCUCACCGGCCUCCUCGUCGUCGGGCGUCACGUCCGGCACCACCAGCAACCAGAACGCGACGUCGUUCCCGAACCAGCUGAUCAGCCUCCACCAGAUCAGAAACUACGCGCACCAGCCGAACCUCGGGAACCUCGGCAACCUGGGCAACCUAGGCAAUCUUAGCAACCUGAGCAACCUCAGUGCGUCGAUGGAAAGCCACGCUCUUCUCGGCGGACUCAAGGAGAAACAGUAACUCCGGCUGGUCUUGGAGAUUAGGAGCAACCGCUAUUUCUCCUCGAUUUCUUCUUCGAUUCGACCCGCCCUCCCGGUUCCCCGGUCCCAUAAGUCGACCAUAGGGUCCGAGGAUUCGACCGGAUCCUCCGUUUCGCGUUCCUCGUGUCCCAGAGGAACGGCCGAUCAGUCGAACCCGAAGAUUCCUGGCGUCUCUCUCCCCCCAGCAACCUUUAACUCCAUUGUCCUUGGUCCCGCCGGCUCUUCUCGGAUUCUACGAUCUAGAUUCUAUAAAUCCUAUCUCGGCGCGUGCCACGCUGCCUGCUUGAUCGUUCCUGUUCGCGCCAGCGCGGCAUCGGGUGACUGUUCGCUGGUACGGGACCAUCCUGCUCGCUUUCGGGGGACACUCGAACGCGGAUCGUUCGCUGCCAAUUCUUUUCUUUUCUUUUGUUCCGUUUUUGCUCGCGUACAGACGCUGCUCGACGCGCGCGAGCGCGCUCGCCAACGGAAGAAUCUUUCUUCCCGUACAAGAGAACCGUUUUUCUUUUACGUUUUAGACUGCUUUCUUUCUUGCCGCGUGAAAGUGAAUCGCCGGGCGCACUGCCCGGAGACUCUCUCGAAUCCGAGGAUCGAUCGAUCGUUUACUUGAGGGGAACGGCCGGGGUGGAGGAGGAGGGAGGAUCGUUUCUCAUCGGGAACGAGCAAUCUCUCUCUCCGGCGGAUCGAUCCGGAGUCGAAUGCAGAUCGGGCGACUUUUAAUCGUUUUAAUGCUACCGGGCAUCCAUGCAUGAAGAGCGAAUAUUAGAAAGGCCUCUCUCGCGGCUUCGGUAUCGAUCCGCGGCUCGGAAUCGGCUCUUCCCAGGAUCGAUCGGCGAUCGCCAGCUUCGGUCAGUCUCGGUUUAACGAACCGCUCGCUGCUCGGCUGGCCCGCUGAUUAACUUUCACGCUCGAAGUUAGUUAGAAAGUAGCCCGGGAAUGAUUACCGGGUAACCACGUUUCCCGGUUAAUCUUCGAAACGAAGUCCCGCGGCGAAUGGCCACCCCGGAGACCGUCCAGGAUGAUCGUAGUCCUGGCCGUCAGCCGCCGCUAGCUCUCUCAACCGCGUCCCCUAAACUACUUUCGAGGUACAGUGGUCCCGCACCCCCGAGUCCCGUCGUGUUCCGAGACUUUCUUCGUUUCUACAUCCUCUGGCCACCCAUCCAACCUCCCCCGACGAUCUCCUUAGGUUAAUUGUCGAGCCUCCUGCCGCGGUCCAGUGACUUUUCUUUAGAUUUCUCCGUUCGACGCUCACCGCCGGUCCCAUCGAUGAUCGUAGAACGCAUUCGCUUGUCGGCGAUCUUUUAUUGUUUAAUCGCGAUUGCUAGGCGUACACGGAACGAGCUUUCCAUGGGUCGAAAUUUUGAUCGAGAUCGCUAGCAUGUUCUUUUAAGGCUCGGAGCCAUCCUCCGCGCGUUCGUCGCUGCGUUAUCUGUUAUCGAAACACAGGAACGACGCGAACGCGCUUCACCCCAGCCCGAGGUAGCCACAUUACCUCGUAAUGAAUUUCUCAAAUUUUCUUAUCGGAUUCGCUACUAGUCCCGAUGCCAAAAGUACCCGUGCAAGGUUAUCGCGCGGUCGAGCCUUGAAACUGAUUCGAGUAAUUCUUACCCCGAUUUACACGGCUCGCCCGUGUAGACGCCGGAAACGCUGGCCGUAGACGUGUUUCUUCGCGAAAGGAACGAAACCCCCCGCGUUUGUUAGCAAUCUUAUCCGUUUAAUCAUUUUCGUUUCGUUCGAUUGCCACUCGCGACAAUAUCGCAUCCGAUACGGUGUUACAUUUCCGCUGGAGAAUGUAAGCGUGCUCGUCCAGAGAAUAUCCGAUAUUCCCCUUUUUUCUUCUUUUCGUUUCAACUGUAUUCCGGAGACGGACAGUCCUCCGUCGAGUGUACGAAAAAAAGAGAGAGCGAGAGAAAGAGAGAGAGAAUGAGAGAGAGAGAGAAAGAGAGAGAGAGAGGGAGGAAGAGUGGAGGGAAAAAGAAAGAAAUCGGAACGAGAGGAGUCGAUGGGGCCGGCGUUAAUUCCGUUCUUUUCACGUUCCUGCCUCCCAGGAGCACUGCUCGUAAGAGGGAAUAGCAAAAGCCAGGAGAAAUCGUGCCGUGAAGUACACCUAUUUUCCAAGGGGUGGCUCGCCCCCUCGAAGGCGGAAGGGGGUGGGCACACCUUUCUGGGUCGAGUGGACGUUUCGCUCGCAACGGGAUAAUUAACGAAGAGCAUGAGAGAACGUGUACGUGUGCGUGUGUGUGUGUGUGUCUGCGAGAGAAAGAGAGAGAGAAAGAGAGAGAGAGAGGGGUACGGUGCGAGUGAGAGGAAGAGAAAGAGCGGAACAGAGAGAAAAAGAGUAACGGGAAAAUGAGCAUCGCACGCACCUUUUAAAUAGGAGUUACACGCGUACACACACAUUACAUGAGGGCACAAAUCGUGUGAAUGUCCAAGAACAGGUUGAGAGACAGAGAGGGAUGUAUGCGUGGUGUUAGGUUGAACGAGAGGGAGAACAAGGGGAAGAGUGAACGAGAGAAAGAUUUAGGGUAGGACGACGACAG